CUUUAAUGGGGCUUCGGGACCGCGUCCCACUACUUUUCCUUCUGGGGCUCUGCCGCUGGGUAAAGGGAGCCCGAGUCUCCGCGUCCAUCAGGGUCCUCUUGAUCCACCACGCCUCCUCCGGGAGGCUCCGUGGGGACCCGCGCCACCGUGGGUUGGGUAGGCAGAGGGCCAGAGCGAGUUGCCCACUACUUACCCUGGGAAGGUGGGUCCCGGUGCCGAGCAGGAGCGAGCAGCUACCUCCAGACCACUGCUCAGCUACGCUUUAACUGGCGGCACCGGCCCAGCUCGCGCUCUCGGCUUCUGUAAGGGUCCCGUGGGCCGCUCGGCCGUGUGUGCUUCGGGACUGGAACUCGCGGACUCGUGGAGCGCACAGGCUGCAGACGUGUGGGGUCGCAGCAUCGGCUCAGUGCGCGCACAUGUGCGCUGGGGUGGUACAGCCUCCACUGCUCGGCUCUGCCCUUGAAGGGGCCCGAGCGGCUCGGACCCCGCCCAUCCGCACGAGCCCCACAGACUAUUCAGUGUGGCUCUGAAACUGGGCUGUCUCCAGAGUGGAUGGUCCAACACAAUCUGACCCCAGGGGACUUGAGGGACCUCCGUGUGGAACUUGCUAAAACCAGUGCUGCAACAGAGGACUAUUCAAUUUUGAUGAACAUAAGCUGGAUACUCCGAGCAGAUGCCAGCAUCCGCUUGUUGAAGGCCACCAAGAUCUGUGUGACAGGCAAAAACAACUUCCAGUCAUAUGCCUGUGUGAGGUGCAACUACACGAAGGCCUUCCAGAGUCAGACCAGACCCUCUGGUGGCAAAUGGACAUUCUCCUACGUUGGCUUUCCUGUGGAGCUGAGCACUCUCUAUCUCAUUGGGGCCCAUAAUAUCCCCAAUGCAAAUAUGAAUGAAGACAGCCCUUCUUUGUCUGUGAACUUCACUUCACCAGGCUGCCUAGACCACAUAAUGAAAUACAAAAAAAAGUGUAUCAAGGCAGGAAGCCUGUGGGAUCCCAACAUCACUGCUUGUAAGAAGAAUGAGAAGAUGGUUGAAGUGAAUUUUACAACCAGUUCCCUUGGAAACAGAUACACGGUUCUUAUCCAACAGAGCACCAGAAUUUGGUUUUCUCAAGUGUUUGAGAACAAAACAAAGCGAACUUCGACAGCCAUCCUAGUGACUGAGGAAAGUGAAGGUGCUGUGGUUCAGUUAAUUCCAUAUUUCCCUACCUGUGGCAACGACUGUAUCAGACGCAAAGGGACCGUGGUGCUUUGCCCAAAGAUAGUUGUCCCCUUCCCUCCAGAUAACAAUAGAAGCGUGCUAGGAGGCUGGCUGCCUUUGCUUCUCUCGUUGCUGCUAGUGGCCACCAUGGUGCUGGUGUUUGGGAUCUACCUAAUGUGGAGGCAUGAAAAGAUCAAGAACACUUCCCUUCCUACUACAAGUCUACUGCCCCUCAUUAAAGUUCUGGUGGUCCACCCAUCUGAAAUAUGUUUCCAUCACACAGUUUGUUACUUCACUGAAUUUCUUCAAAAUAACUGCAGAAGUGAGGUGAUCCUUGAAAAAUGGCAGAAAAAGAAAAUAGCCGAGAUGGGUCCAGUUCAGUGGCUUACCACUCAGAAGAAAGCAGCAGAUAAAGUAAUCUUCCUUCUUUCCAAUGAUGCCAAUACCAUGUGCGACGAUACCUGUGGCCACAACGAGGGCAGCCCCAGUGAGAACUCUCAAGACCUGUUCCCCCUGGCCUUUAAUCUUUUCUGCAGUGAUCUGAGCAGCCAGACUCAUCUACACAAAUACAUAGUGGUCUGCUUCAGAGGGGCUGAUCCCAAAGACAACUACAGUGCCCUCCAUGUCUGCCCCAAGUUCCACCUCAUGAAGGAUGCCGCGGCUCUCCAAACACAACUUCUCUGUGCUACACAGCACAUGUCAGUGGGGAAAUGGUCACAAGUCUGCCACAGCAGCUGCUCCCCCUUGUAGCCCACCCAAGAGAAGAGCAAGACCACAAAGCCUUCCUACCCAACCAGUUUUGGAGAGAGCUCUGUGAUGACCCUGAAAUUUACUACCCAGGCUACUGAUAGGGAAGGCUAUAUAUAGACUUGCUUUAGAACCAGAAUAGAGAGAAUCAAAACUGAACAUACAGAUCAUAGAUUAGUCAUUUAAAAAUGUUAUGCUCGUUUGGGGUUUUAGCUCAGUGGUAGAGAGCUUGCCUCACACACAUGAGGCACUAGGUUUCAUCCUCAGCACCACAUAAAAAUAAAUCAAUAAAAUAAAGGUAUUGUGUCCAUCUACAACUAAAAAAAUAAAACAAAUGUUAUGCUGAUAAAAUUUUUACAAAUGCCACUAUUAGAACAUCAAUGAACUGAGACUAAAUUUAUAAUUAAAGCCAAGUCAAUUGUAUACCAUCAAAUCAAGGAUAGUUAUAACUGAAAAUUAUAAUCAUUCUGAUAAUACUGUGCUUAAGCCAUCUUCCAACCAGAAGUCCAAUCUUGAAUAACCCAUGCCUUGAACUGUUGGUAGAAGUGUUUAGUUCUGUAACAUUCUAGGUUCAAUUAAUGAAUACUAAAUUUAAUAAGCUCUCAUUAAUUCACUCAGUAGUUUUCUUGGAGAAAACCCCUCUAUUACACACAGAAAUCCUUCUUUUUCUUUUUUCUUUUUUUUUUAUUCUUUUGGAGCCACAUCCCCAGUCCUUUUUAUUUUAUAUUUUGACACAAGGUCUUGCUGAGACUGGCUUUGAACUUACAAUCCUCCUGCCUCAGACUCCCAAGCUGCUGGGAUUAUAGGCAUGCACCACCAUGCCCACCAGAAAUCUUUACCUUUAAGAUAGUAAAAGUUGGGUAUAAUAAACUGGGCCCAUCUUAGCCAACCAAAUUUGUAUCAACUGUAAAGUUUGGUAUUUGCUUAGGACCUUCUCUCUCCAAACUAGAUUCAUGUCUGGACUCUUGUGCAAGUGCCUGUUCAUUUAAAAUACCAAAUUACACUCCUGUAAACCUAAUGUCUACCUUUGCCCAAAGUUACCUAUUAGAGAUCACUAUCAAGAGUUUUCAGUUCCUGUUAUUACAUAAUUUUUCAUGUUUAAAACAAAACUACUUCUUAGUUUUUUUAUUUAGGUAAACUAUUGCAACUCACUUAUAAAAAGAUAACAUUGAGAGGUAACUUUCAACCUAUCAGCAUUAUAGAACACAAAGAGGUAAAAUAUUUAAAGUCUUCCAAUUCUUUCCUAAAAGCAUCUUUUUCUUAAUACAGAGCUCACAAAAAUACAUUUCUAUUAGAUGUAUUUUCCCAGGAAUACUUAUACAGUGUAAAAAUGAAUCUGCUCUGGAAUGGGGGUCAAUUUCAGAUGGAUGACUAUUAAAAUGUACGCAUUUGCAGAACAGUCUUAAGAGACCAUUUCCUCCUCCUAAUAGUUGUCUUAUGGAUAAAAUAAAAACCCAAAUAAAGAAGCAUAAAGUGAGAACUCA